AUGUUCGGAGCUAUAGUAGCUGGUAGACUUGUUCAGACAAACUUACAACAAGUAGACGAUACUCAUUUUAUAUUUCCUAUAGAAAAUCCACACGAGGUGAAUCAUAUGACGGUGUUUUUAUUAGGUACUACAGUACCUUUUCCUGAAGGAUAUGGAGCUGGAGUACAUUUUGCUUGGCCAGGUGGAGAUUAUAUUCCAUUAGGAUAUCUUAGCAACGAUAAACCUUCUGCGAUAUUCCGACUUCGAUCCUCUUCUUCAUCUUCUCUCGUCCCUACUCACGGUCAUCAAGCUGCAUAUAUAGGGAUCGAACUCAUACAUUUGUCCCAACUUCGCAUUAUGAUAGAAUCUAGUGAAGAGGAUAAAGUGAAAGGGAAAGAAGUGGCGGCGAGGACUGAUGUGGGGUUAGUAGCUGAGAAAGUUGUGAAGAAUCUUUUCAAUUAUCUCCAUUCAUUUGGAGGAGAGACGAAAUUGACUCCCGAAACACCAAUCCCACUUUCAGUGUUCGAAAAGUGGUACUCUAACUUUCUCCGGAAGAUCGAAAUGGAUCGCGGGGCGUCUUUCCUCGAUCGAGAGGAGUAG